GCGAGGUGUUUAACAUGGCGGAGGAUACCGCCUCUGCGGCUCAGAGCCCGCGAGGGCGUGCGGACGGGGAGGAUGCGGGUUCCUCGGAGGAGCGGGUGGCGGACACGGUGACAGAUGAUCAGGAGCAGUUUGAAUGCCAGGAACUGCUCGAGUGCCAGGUACAGCUGGGGGCCCCUGAGGAGGAGGAGGACGCGGGCCUGGUGGCUGAGGCAGAGGCGGUAGCUGCCGGCUGGAUGCUCGAUUUCCUCUGCCUUUCGCUUUGCCGGGCUUUCCGUGACGGCCGCUCCGACGACUUCCAUCGCACCCGCGACAGCGCCGAGGCUAUUAUUCAUGGACUGUCCAGUCUAACAGCUUACCAACUGAGAACUAUAUACGUAUGUCAAUUUUUGACAAGAAUUGAAGCUGGAAAAACCCUUGGUACUUGUUUUUAUUUUGGUUUAAAAGAUGCACAGUUUGAAAGUGAUGAACGAAUUACACCCUUGGAAUCAGCCCUAAUGAUUUGGGCUUCAAUUGAAAAGGAACAUGACAAGCUUCAUGAAGAAAUAGAGAAUUUAAUUAAAAUUCAGGCUAUAGCCGUUUGCAUGGAAAAUGGCAAUUUUAAGGAAGCAGAAGAAGUCUUUGAAAGAGUAUUUGGUGACCCAAAUUCUUACAUGCCUUUUAAAAGGAAAUUGCUUAUGAUAAUCUCUCAGAAAGAUACUUUCCAUUCCUUUUUUCAACACUUCAGCUACAACCACAUGAUGGAGAAAAUUAAGAGUUAUGUGAACUGUGUGCUAAAUGAAAAAUCAUCAACGUUUCUAAUGAAGGCAGCAACAAAAGUAGUGGAAACUAAAAGAGCAAGAACAACAUAUUCUGAAGAUAAACCUAAUGGCAAAGAUGUUGAAUUGGCAACUGAAACUAAUUUGGAUACAGGACAAAGGUCUCACAAAAAUCUCUUCUUAUCUAAGUUGAAACGUGGAAACCAACAAGAUUUUAAUAAGAAAGAGGAAAGAGUGGAAACUUCUCAAAGUGGAAGAAAGAAAAAGAACAGUAGACGAGCCACUGAAAGUAAGAGAAUACGUAUUUUAAAAAGUCAGCCUGUAACUCCUGAAAAGCAUCGGUCUAGGAAAAAACAGGCAUGGCUUUGGGAAGAAGACAAGAAUCUGAGAUCUGGUGUGAGGAAAUACGGAGAGGGAAAUUGGUCUAAAAUACUAUCACAUUAUGAAUUCAACAACCGAACAAGCGUCAUGUUGAAAGACAGAUGGAGGACUAUGAAGAAGCUAAAACUGAUCUGUUCGGACAGUGAAGACUGAGAGUGUUUGCAGAGCUUGAUUGAGAUGACAGUUUAACACUCUAAUCACUGCAUGUUGUUUGAAAGUUGGUCAAAACUCUGUUUAAAGCAUUACAGUAUUUUUUCUGUAGCACAGUCAUUCAAUAUGAGGAUUUGUGCUGUAAGAGCAUUACCAUCAUUGUAUUCUUUAAGAAUCUUUUUCCUUUAAUAAAAAACAUAAAUUUUUUGGAACCCUAGUGCUUUCAAUCCUCCUACCUCCAAACCCUAUUCCGAAGCCUGAUUAGAGGAAAAAUAUAUUGCUGUUAACCUGCUGUAUAUGUGUGGGCUGACUUCAACUCUGGCACUCCUAAAAGUGAAGUUUCUAAAUCAGUGAAUAAGAGGCCUUUGACAUAAGGCGUAAUGAUUUAUGACCUUAAUAUGUUAAUUACUAACACACUUGCUUAUAGAAUGAUAAAUGUACAAAGUAAUCUAUGAGAUAUACUUAAAAAUUCCUUUUAAGUAGUUUCAUAUAAAGGAAAAAACUUGAAAAUGUAAUACCCAUAGGACAGAGUUUAUACUACUACCAAGAAUAGCUUAUGUUUCAUUUAGGUACAUUUGACUUUGGUUCUGGUGUUAAAACUUUGACAGAGAUAGUUUAAAUAAAGCUUCUUUAUAACCUGGUGCUAUAAAUAUCAAUUUCUCCGAUAUUUUCAUUUAGUUAGAUAAAUAUCGGGCCUAAAUAGCAUUCUAUAAAUGUUUAAAUUGGCUUUAAACAUAAUCAUUUUAAUGUCUGUGAUAAAUAGUAAAUAAACAAGAUCCUGCACACCUUA